CUGCACGGCUCUUUGCUUCAGCCUCGCUAUCCGCAACCCGCAGGACAACAUGCGCCGCUGUGCGUAGACCGGCGCCUUUCCUGCAGAAAUCAUAUGCUGGCCCGGUGCGGAUGUUCUCGGCACGUGCUGCUUUGCUGGAAAAGAAGUACACAGAGGAUCACGAGUGGGUAGAGCUUUCCAGCGACGGAAAGACGGCUACCAUUGGAAUCUCCAAAUACGCCGCCGAUGCACUAGGGGACGUCGUCUACGUCGAGAUUCCCGAAGUAGGCACCCAAUUAUCAGCUGGCGACUCCCUUGGCGCGAUUGAGUCGGUGAAGUCUGCGUCCGAUAUCCUGACGCCGUUCGAAGGAACGGUGCUGGAGGCUAAUGAUGCGCUGGCGGACAAGCCGGGCACGAUCAAUAAGGAUCCCGAGGGAGAGGGGUGGGUUGCUAGGUUGGAGAUUGAAGGCGAGCCGGAAGGGAAGCUUAUGACGGCUGAGGAGUAUCAGGCCUUUACAGAGGAGGCCGCAGAGCACUGAAUGGAAGGGGGGAUGACGUAUGGGUCGUGACCAGGAUGGAAAGGGGAUAUCAUUCAACAUUGAACGGCAGUAAAGACUUCUCGAGCAAUCGCAACAAUGACUUUUGACGGACA